AUGUGAGAUACGGACUUGUGUUGUGGAGAAAUAAAAACCACUCUCAACUCAAGCGUGAACUUUUUUUUUUAGCAACAUUUCAGCCUUUUACACAUGGAGACCUGACGAAAGACACGCUUUCCGAUGGUGACCCGGAUCACUUCGCCGUGUUAUUUAUUAUUAAGUCUUCAACAUUUCUGUCGUUUUUCUCUUCAUCAUGGAAGCGCGUGCUGCAGGGCGCACUCGCGGUCUAAUGUUCGUGGUAGUUUUGUUUCUGUUGAAACCAACUGCUGGGGGGUUUACGGUCAGCCCUUUGGUGACUGAAACUUAUUUAUCUGCCGACACUGAGGAUUCAGAUCAAUCCACCGAUGUACCAACUUCCUCUAGAGCAGUGAUCAGCGAGAGGACAGCGAGGUUUGGAUACACUUCCAGAUCAGAAAUCUCAGAUCUCCAUCCGAGUGUUUCAGAGAGGGAAUCUCCUCACACUGCCACUGAUCAGAGUUCUUUGACUGAGGUCACGGAGCGCUGGGCAACAGAAAACGGAUCAGAUAUGUCCAUUGAAUUGCUGGACUCCAGCCCUGCAUUAAGCGCUAACACAGUGAGUGAGUGGGAAGAUCCUUCUACAAUAGCCAAUAUCACAAAUGCCUAUACAGUAACAGAGGGGUGGCUACCUGCACGUGAGUUCAGCACUGUGAGAGAGCUCACUGUGACAAAGCUGACUGAGUCAGAUCAAAUAGACCAGGAUACUACAGAAUCUGGUUCAAUCAUCUUCAAGCAGGAACACACAGGCCAGGAUACUAAAGAAUCUGGUUCAGUCAUCUUCAAGCAGAAACACACAGACCAGGAUACUACAGAAUCUGGUUCAAUCAUCUUCAAGCAGGAACACACAGGCCAGGAUACUAAAGAAUCUGGUUCAAUCAUCUUCAAGCAGAAACACACAGACCAGGAUACUACAGAAUCUGGUUCAAUCAUCUUCAAGCAGGAACACACAGGCCAGGAUACUAAAGAAUCUGGUUCAAGCACCUUCAAGCAGAAACACACAGACCAGGAUACUACAGAAUCUGGUUCAAGCACCUUCAAGCAGAAACACACAGACCAGGAUACUACAGCUAUUGGUUCAAGCACCUUCAGGCAGAAACACACAGACCAGGAUACUAGAGAAUCAGGCUCAAGCACCUUCAAGCAGAAAAACACAGACCAGGAUACUACAGCAAUUGGUUUAAGCACCUUCAAGCAGAAACACACAGACCAGGAUACUACAGAAUCUGGUUCAAGCACCUUCAAGCAGAAGCACACAGACCAGGAUACUACAGCAAUUGGUUUAAGCACCUUCAAGCAGAAACACACAGACCAGGAUACUACAGCAAUUGGUUUAAGCACCUUCAAGCAGAAACACACAGACCAGGAUACUACAGAAUCUGGUUCAAGCACCUUCAAGCAGAAACACACAGACCAGGAUACUACAGCAAUUGGUUUAAGCACCUUCAAGCAGAAACACACAGACCAGGAUACUACAGAAUCUGGUUCAAGCACCUUCAAGCAGAAACACACAGACCAAGAUACUACAGCAAUUGGUUUAAGCACCUUCAAGCAGAAACACAAAGACCAGGAUACUACAGAAUCUGGUUCAAGCACCUUCAAGCAGAAACACACAGACCAGGAUACUACAGCAAUUGGUUUAAGCACCUUCAAGCAGAAACACACAGACCAGGAUACUACAGAAUCUGGUUCAAGCACCUUCAAGCAGAAACACACAGACCAGGGUACUACAGAAUCUGGUUCAAGCACCUUCAGGCAGAAACACACAGACCAGGAUACUACAGAAUCUGGUUCAAGCACCUUCAGGCAGAAACACACAGACCAAGAUACUACAGAAUCUGGUUCAAGCACCUUCAAGCAGAAACACACAGACCAGGAUACUACAGAAUCUGGUUCAAGCACCUUCAAGCAGAAACACACAGACCAGGAUACUACAGCAAUUGGUUUAAGCACCUUCAAGCAGAAACACACAGACCAGGAUACUACAGAAUCUGGUUCAAGCACCUUCAAGCAGAAACACACAGACCAGGGUACUACAGAAUCUGGUUCAAGCACCUUCAGGCAGAAACACACAGACCAGGAUACUACAGAAUCUGGUUCAAGCACCUUCAGGCAGAAACACACAGACCAAGAUACUACAGAAUCUGGUUCAAGCACCUUCAGGCAGAAAUACACAGACCAGGAUACUACAGAAUCUGGUUCAAGCACCUUCAAUCAGAAAUACACAGACCAGGAUACUACAGAAUCUGGUUCAAGCACCUUCAAUCAGAAAUACACAGACCAGGAUACUACAGAAUCUGGUUCAAGCACCUUUAGGCAGAAACGUGCAGACCAAGAUACUACAGAAUCUGGUUCAAGCACCUUCAGGCAGAAACACACAGACCAGGAUACUACAGAAUCUGGUUCAAGCACCUUCAGGCAGAAACACACAGACCAGGAUACUACAGAAUCUGGUUCAAGCACCUUCAGGCAGAAACACACAGACCAGGAUACUACAGAAUCUGGUUCAAGCACCUUCAGGCAGAAACACACAGACCAGGAUACUACAGAAUCUGGUUCAAGCACCUUCAAUCAGAAAUACACAGACCAGGAUACUACAGAAUCUGGUUCAAGCACCUUCAAGCAGAAAUACACAGACCAAGAUACUACAGAAUCUGGUUCAAGCACCUUCAGGCAGAAACACACAGACCAGGAUACUACAGAAUCUAGUUCAAGCACCUUCAGGCAGAAACACACAGACCAGGAUACUACAGAAUCUGGUUCAAGUACCUUCAAUCAGAAAUACACAGACCAGGAUACUACAGAAUCUGGUUCAAGCACCUUUAGGCAGAAACGUGCAGACCAAGAUACUACAGAAUCUGGUUCAAGCACCUUCAGGCAGAAACACACAGACCAGGAUACUACAGAAUCUGGUUCAAGCACCUUCAGGCAGAAACACACAGACCAAGAUACUACAGAAUCUGGUUCAAGCACCUUCAAGCAGAAAUACACAGACCAGGAUACUACAGAAUCUGGUUCAAGCACCUUCAAUCAGAAAUACACAGACCAGGAUACUACAGAAUCUGGUUCAAGCACCUUCAAGCAGAAACACACAGACCAGGAUACUACAGAAUCUGGUUCAAGCACCUUUAGGCAGAAACGUGCAGACCAGGAUGCUACAGAAUCUGGUUCAAGCACCUUCAAUCAGAAAUACACAGACCAGGAUACUACAGAAUCUGGUUCAAGCACCUUCAAUCAGAGAUACACAGACCAGGAUACUACAGUAUUUGGUUCAAACACUGAUAGCACCUACAUCUCCAGUACAGUAAGCCAUGCUGGAGGGCACACUCUGCUGUCCAUCACAUCCAACAGCACCUCUCCAUAUGUAGGAGACACCAGCUUCAGCUCCUCAGAGAUAGCUCCGAAUGCUGUCACUCGGCAGGUGGACGAGACAAGGGUUACUAAGCAUAUGGAGUACACUGAGAAUACCGAGUCUGGCCGUAGUGAGGCAACGCCAGAGGAUGUUCCUACAAAUGCCACCCAGAAGGAAGUCUUUGAGGUCUCUCAUGGUUCCCAGACUACCCAGUCUCACACAAGAGAGCCCACUGUAACAGGAUCAGAUUUUGAUUCGAUGCCUAAGACUAGCAAUCCCAGCUCUACUCCUCCUCUUACAGUUAUCAAUAGCUCUGACAGUGAUAUGGACACCACAGCCAGUUCUUCCACAAACCAGAGCUUCUAUACAGACAGCAGUUCACCUUCAUCCUUCAUCCCUCCAUCUGUGGUGCCAGAUGAUACUCAUACCAAUGUGACUGAGCAGGAUGGUGAGACCACUGAGACUUUUACAGGUUCUGUGAGUACCAGUACAGUUAAGAAACCAGAUGAGCCCAGGACAUUUAUGGGAGAAACUACUAUUCCUGGCCUGACUACUGUACCUUCCACACUCUGGGAAUUGACUACCAGUGUGCAUGAGACCCAGUCCACUCACCACACCCUCUUCUCCCAAACCGAUAGUCCUCCAGAACCCACAGAGGAGCUGAGCACAGCUACAAGACCUUUGACCCACAAGCCACCAUUUACAGAGGAGAACACUCAUAAGGCUAGCACUGUCCCUGACACUAGCACAACACUAACUAGCAAAGGCACCACAGCACCACUUACAACACAGCAGUUUCAAGCCAGCACCACUGAAGAGGUUUACAGUAUGCCACACAGUACCCUCUCUGUCACAGAGACCACUAAGAAGACCACAACCACCACAGAACAGCAAAACCCCACGACUGGAACAGCUACUCCCUCUCUGUCUGGCAGUUCAUCUCAAUCUGGAGCUGGAGCUACUGAUGUGAGCACACUGCACAUUGAGACCAGCACUGCUACACCAGGCAGCACCUCAGCAGACAGCCAGCACACUACUACAUCCUAUAAGAGCACUCCAACCAUAAGCACUGUGGUAAUAACCACAGCAAAGCGCUCUGAGACUGAAGCCACAACCACGCAAAUGCCCACGAAGUCAAGCCUGACUCCUGGUCAUAUGUGUAGGCCUCAAAUCUGUGCAAAUGGAGGCAAAUGUGUGACAACUUUGGGUGGCUACAGAUGCGAGUGUCUACCUGCUUGGAGAGGAGAAAACUGCACUGAGGAUGUGGAUGAGUGUGUGAGCAGCCCAUGCCCUCAAGACUCACUGUGUGUGAACACCAGGGGCUCGUUCAGCUGUGACUGUGCCCUGGGUUAUGACUUGCAAGAUGGACGAAGCUGUACACAAACAAAGACGUUCUUAGGGAUUUUCAGUAUGAAUAAUUCUCUGCAUGACUCGCACAGAGAGAUCUUACAGUUGUUGAAUGCCUCACUGUCCAGCCUGCGUGGUUAUAGACGUUCAACUCUGCGGCAUUGGGACGGGUUGCACAUAAUGGCUGUGAACAUGUUCACUAUGUCUGCUAAUGUGACCAGCACUGACAUCUUCAGCAGGAUCCAAAUGUCUAUAACAAACUGCAACAAACCACAGUCCCACUGCUCUUUAAAGCAUCAACACCAGCUCACUUAUCAAGUGGGGAGUCUGUGCUCAGCCCAGCAGAACAGAUGUGACACUCAGUAUGCUGUAUGCAAUGAUAGUGAUGGAACCCCAUACUGUCAGUGCCAUGAAGGAUACUUCAAAAAGAACCCAGAGGACAGCACAUGUAGAGACUGUGGUGAUGGCUUUAGACUUGUUAAUGGAACUUGUAUAGAAUGUCCGUUUGGAUUUGGGGGAUUCAACUGCAAUAACUUUUAUGGGCUGAUAGCAAAGGUAGUUUCUCCUGCUGCUGGGGGGUUGUUGCUCAUCGUUGUCAUUGCUCUCAUCGUUACCUGCUGCAGGAAGGACAAGAAUGACAUUAACAAAAUCAUCUUCAAAAGCGGGGAUCUUCAAAUGUCUCCAUAUGGUGAUUUUCCCAAAAGUAGUCGUGUAUCAAUGGAGUGGGGCAGGGAGACCAUUGAGAUGCAAGAAAAUGGCAGUACCAAGAAUCUCUUGCAGAUGACGGAUAUCUAUUACUCUCCAGCUCUGCGGAACGCUGAUCUGGAUAGGAAUGGGUUUUAUCCAUUCUCAGGCCUGCCUGGUUCACGGCACUCCUGCAUUUACCCAGCACAGUGGAACCCAUCAUUUAUCAGUGACGACUCACGGCGGAGGGAUUAUUUUUGACCUCACACACUGCCUUGGACUGAAUCAUCAGUGCUCUCAUAAAGAAUGUAGCAAAGGCUCCAGAGCAGGAUGGAGCUGAGCAUGGAUAGGGAAAACACUGACCACUAAGUAGCCUAUGAAUGUGAAAAUGAGCUGGCAGGAAAGAAAUCAAAAUCAUUUCAUCCGCUUCUUAGAACUGUGAAAUAAUCACAAGCGGAACUGUGCUCAAUAUAAAUGCUGUUAGCCAAUCCAGUGUUGCACUUCACUCUCUCAACACAGACGUUUUAUGUUUCAAAUGGAAUAAGCCAUAGAGCUAACACAUUAAACGUAAAGCAAAUGAUAUGUCUGCUAGGGUUGUGUAAAUGUGUGCAUAUGUCUGUACAAGCUUAUUGUAUUUAAGCCUGAGAGGUUUGUAGGAGAAUUCUUUAAAAAGCUGGUCGAUUGUACAAAUGGUAUUUUGCUGUAGACCUUUUUAUGGGUAGAUGUAGCAACACAAUGUAGGUCCUUACAUUAACAUUCAUUUAAGGAUAUGUGGCGAACUAGAAUGCACUUGGUGCUAUUUCUUUGUAUAAUGUAGGUGAUGGCCCGAUACCCAUGAUACCACAAUGAACAUUGCAACAUUCUUAUUUAUUCAAUUAACUUAAUGUCAUCAUAAAUAUGCAUUUCAGUUAUGAAGUUAUAUCAUUUCUUACAUCAUGAUCUAUGGAACAACCUGUGUGUGUGUGGGCCAAAUAUCUGUUAUUUUGCAUACUUGUGUUUAUAAGGUGUAUUAUAUUUUCGUCAAUAACUUGCAUUUUUAAUGACUGAAGUAUUCUUUUAUGUCUACCAGUAUUUUCUUUUCUCCCCUGUGGAUGGUCACUUAAAUCUGGCGUUUUAGUCAGACAUAUUUAAAUAAAGAAGCAGUAAUGAUAAA